AUGAGGGGUUUUAACAUGUCACCCAGGAACAGACGGAGAAGCAGACAGAACCCCAAACCCAAACCAAACUCAGAAAAACAAAACAAAGUAGGGAGGGUCCCUGUGGGGAAGUUUUGAUCACACGGGCCACCUGGGAUAUGUCCAUCCCUAACUUUGCACCUGAAAAGUGCAGAAGACACAGUCUUUUCAAGAACGUGGACCACUGGCCAUAUUCUGGGGAAUAAAACAGGUCUCGGCCAAUUUCACAGGAGAGACGGAAUAGAGAGGCUGUUCUCUGAACGGAGCGGCCUUGGGCCGGAGGUCGGGAGGAGGAAAGGCCAUCAGGAAAUGGGCGGCCGUGCGAGAGAACACGGCACCGCCAGCGGGGCCCCAGGCGGAGGGCACGUCAGGGAACCAGGCGCGUUUGGAGCGCAGAAAGCCAGGGUCAGGCAUGGCCGGCGGGGAGCGCGGAGCCAGGUGGGCUUCUGGAGGAGGUCAGGGCGGCGGUGAGCACAGCUCCCCGCAGACACCCCCACUGUUGGCUGCACGCCCCAUGCUCCCAGCCCGGCCGGCCGCGUGGGCUCCAGCCAAGGUCACAGCAGGCUUGGCCGCUGCCGUGCUGCCCGGGAAGGGACUCCCGUGACCCCGGCGGUCCCAGCUGCACGGCUCUGAAGGCGGCAGGGUGGACGCAGGGCCCAGCAGGAGGGACCCGCCCAGGCUGAAGCCCUGGAAACGUGGAGCAUGGAGCCUGCAGCACUCGUGUCCAGCAUCCAGGGUUCCUGUGACCAGGGGUGGACAACGUGACCCCCUGCGCUGCCUCCUGUUCGGUGCCAGCAGGAGGGACAGGCAGUGGGGUGCUGAGGAGCUGGCCUGCGGGGGUUGCCCAUCGCCCGUCCUCCCCGCUGACGCCGGACAGCAUGUUCCCGAAGGCGUCUCUGCUGCUGGGGCUCACUGUCCCCGGCAGCCAGCUCUGGACCUUUCGAAAGGCCUUUGCGGACAUUAGUAAGAACCACGGUUAUUUCACGGUGUCCGUGGAGUUGGCCGUCACUUGCUUCAGCAGUGGCAGCGAGGACGCUCAGGCCCACAGGCUGCUGGAGGUCGGGCGAGCCCAGCAGGAGAGUUGGACAGUGAUAUUUUUAAUGGACCUGGAGCUGGGCCGGACAAUUUGCAGAAAACGUGCUGAAGACCUCGGCCACUGUCCCCUGCAAGAAGGCCCGGGAGAGAAGAAGGUGAGCUGCACUUUCGUGGUGGACUCGCAACCCUGGAUCACCCAGUUCACCCUCGUGAACAGCACCUGCCAGCAGAACCAGGGGGAAGGGCCCCCGGCUCCCGCAGCAGACCCUCUUCCUCUGGAUGACGUUCCGGGGUCCUAGGUCUGUGUGGCACCAAGGGAAGUAAAGGCACCUCAGAGCUCUCUGGCCCCUGUCAGUUCUGUGUGCUCCCCAAUGGUCCGUUUCCAUGGAUGUCACUGCCGGUGACGAGUGAUGGAGAAGUUGUCACUGUUGUUCCCAC